AAAAAAUUUACCGGACCCUCCGACCAGAUGGAUCUAGAUCUAAAGACCAUUUGAAUUCAAAGAUAUCAAACCGAAACCCAGAGCCACACACUUCACCACACUGCUACUCAAGAUGUAGACAUGGCCUGAAAACCACCAAUCAUUCCGACCAACAGCGGCAAAGCACCCUUUCCAGUUUCCACUCACACAGCCACACACUCCAUCUCUUUAACGAACUCUUAAAAAAAAAAAAGAGUACCUCAAUCCAACGAGUGCACGAAUCCUAAAGCAUACGUGUCCAAGCUCACGUAAUACCACUUAGGAAAGCUUUUUUUUUAAAAAAAAAACAAUAGCAUGCGAGGCUUUCUCUUUUCGAGAUCCACACGCGUCGGCUCCGCCCACGUGCGCACCCCCACUCAGAUACCGUACGCGGCCCUGACCCAUCGCACGUGUCAACCAUCCCCGCGAACCCCUCCCUCGCUUUUGUUCGUUUUAUUAUUAUUAACCCACGGCUUCUCACCCCCACUCGUUUCGUUUCGUUUCGAGAGAAACUAAUUAAUCGCCGAGUUAUUCCCGAUUAAUAGAAACGGGAGAAUGGAAACGGAGAUCUCGGGAACGUACCGUUAUAUGGGCCGAAGCUUACCGGACGCCGGCGGUGACUCCUCCGGCGCGUUCAGUGAUUGUAAUUCCGAUCACUCCGGUGAGUUCUCGCCGUCAGCUGGUGGUGGUGGUGGCGCGGCUCUCCGGCUUCUUGUUCCUUUCUCCGCUGGUGAUUACUCAGAGGAUGAUCUACGUUUGUUGAUCGCUGAGCUGGAGUCUCCCAGCGCUACAGUCGAGGCGCAGCGCGGCGCCGCCAUGGAGAUCCGGUUGUUGGCGAAGCAUAGCUCGGAGAAUAGGUUGAGGAUCGCGCGCGCCGGCGCGGUGCGGCCUCUUGUGGCUCUUCUUUCUAGCUCUGAUCCGCUUCUUCAGGAGCAUGGCGUUACCGCGAUCCUUAACCUCUCGCUGCUCGAGGAGAACAAGGACAUCAUCGCGGCGGCGGGGGCGAUCAAACCCUUGGUUCGAGCUCUCCGAUCGGCGUCCUCUGCAGCGCGGGAGAACGCUGCUUGUGCGCUUCUUCGGCUUUCCUAUUCCGAUGCCCUUAAGACCGCCAUCGCGCGGUCUGGUGCGAUACCGCCGCUUGUCUCCAUGUUGGAAUCCGGCGGGGCUAGGGCAAAGAAGGACGCGGCGACGGCGCUCUACGCGCUGUGCUCGGUGAAAGAGAACAAGAUCCGGGCGGUGGAGGCGGGGAUCGUCAGGCCGUUGCUGGAGAUGAUGGCGGAGACGGAGGGGGGGAUGGUGGAUAAGGCUGGGUGCGUGCUCGGCCGAGUGGCGACGGAGGAGGUGGGCCGGGCGGCGGCGGUGGAGGAGGGUGGGAUUCCGGUCCUCGUCGAGGUCGUUGAGAUCGGCACUCAGCGCCAGAAGGAGAUCGCCGCCUCCACGUUGCUCGAGAUAUGCGAUGGCUCCAUUAACGGUGCCGGCGCCGGAGCUUACCGAGCGCUCGUCGUCCGCGAGGGAGCCAUUCCGCCGCUCGUCGCGCUCUCUCAAUCCGGCACCACACGCGCCAAGCAAAAGGCGGAGAAGCUGAUAGAGCUACUGAGACAGCCGAGGACGGCGGCUGGAAGGGUGGUGGAUGAUUGAGGACGAAUGGGGAGUUGACACGUGUGGUUUGUUUGAAAGAACUGUACAUUAGUUUCGCGAGUGAGUGUACAUGCCUAGCGCUAGUUGAAUGAC